AGAGGAGCAGGAGUGAGGACGCUGGUGCUGGGCUUGUUUUUCACACAUCAGCUGCUUGUUUUUUAUUUAGAGUUUGCAACAUUGGACACAACACAUUUCAGUGGAGGAGGCGGGAGAGGAGGUGACGGUGACCGGCAGUGAGGUAACUUAAGGAGCUGGAAUCCAACUAAUAAUAGAAUACAAGGCUGCAGAAAGAGACAAUGUGGAAAUUAAUCUUGUUUCCUGCUCUAGCCAACUAAAGAUAUCAUUUCUUCUUAAGCUUCUGAAUGGUUCAAAGAAACUAUUUUCAUUUUCUGGAUAGAAGUUUUUAACUUAUACAUGAUGAGUCUCACAGAAGAGAGACCACAUCUGUGCUCUGAGUGUGACAGAAGCUUUACACAUAAAUCAUAUCUUAUCAGACAUCAGAGAAGUCACACAGGAGAGAAACCAUUUACAUGUUCUGAAUGUGGGAAGUGUUUUUCCCUGAAGUCACAUCUCGUUAUACACCAGAGGAUUCACACAGGAGAGAAACCAUUUGAAUGUUCUGAAUGUAGGAAGUGUUUUUCCCAGAAGGCAGAGCUUGUUAUACAUCAGAGGAGUCACACAGGAGAGAAGCCAUUUGAAUGUACUGAAUGUAGCAAGUGUUUUUCCCAUAAGUUAUCUCUUGUUAUACAUGAGAGGAGUCACACAGGAGAGAAACUAUUUACAUGUUCUGAAUGUAGAAAGUGUUUUUCCCUGAAGUCAUAUCUCGUUAUACAUCAGAGGAUUCACACAGGAGAGAAACCUUUUGAAUGUUCUGAAUGUAGGAAGUGUUUUCCCCGGAAGGCAGAGCUUGUUAUACAUCAGAGGAGUCACACAGGAGAGAAGCCAUUUGAAUGUACUGAAUGUAGGAAGUGUUUUCCCCUGAAGUGGAAUCUUGUUAUACAUCAGAGGAGUCACACAGGAGAAAAACCAUUUACAUGUUCUGAAUGUAGGAAGUGUUUUCCCCGGAAGGCAGAGCUUGUUAUACAUCAGAGGAGUCACACAGGAGAGAAGCCAUUUGAAUGUACUGAAUGUAGGAAGUGUUUUCCCCUGAAGUGGAAUCUUGUUAUACAUCAGAGGAGUCACACAGGAGAAAAACCAUUUACAUGUUCUGAAUGUAGGAAGUGUUUUUCCCAGAAGUCAGAGCUUGUUAUGCAUCAGAUAGUUCACACAAAAGAGAAACCAUUUGAAUGUACUGAAUGUAGAAAGUGUUUUUCCCUGAAGUCGAAUCUUGUUAUACAUCAGAGGAGUCACACAGGAGAGAAACCAUUUGAAUGUACUGAAUGUAGAAAGUGUUUUUCCCAGAAGUCACAUCUUGUUAUACAUCAGAGGAGUCACACAGGAGAGAAACCAUUUGAAUGUACUGAAUGUAGAAAGUGUUUUUCCCAGAAGUCACAUCUUGUUAUACAUCAGAGGAUUCACACAGGAGAAAAACCAUUUACAUGUUCUGAAUGUAGCAAGUGUUUUUCCCAUAAGUCACAUCUUGUUAUACAUCAGAGGAGUCACACAGGAGAGAAACCAUUUACAUGUUCUGAAUGCAGCAAGUGUUUAACUAGUAAGAAAACACUCAGUAAUCACAUGCGGAGUCACUCUGAGGGCCUGAAUGCAGCUUGUGUAUCAUAAGUAAUGUAACUUAUCACAACUGUAUGAAUGCAAUGGAGCCAAUAUUUAUUUUCUGAAUGUGAUGAGUGUUUUAUAUAAAUGACUCUUGAUAAAGACAGGAGAGGUCAGACAAGUGGACCUGGAGGUACUUUUCCCCUUGGGAAGGUCUCUGUGUUAGGAACUAGAGCUGCAGUAUAACAAUAGCCAAUGACCGUGGGACUGCCAUUACUGAGCUCUGUAAUAUACAGCUGUUCUGCUCAUGCAGGUGCUGGGACUAGUAGAGAGUUCCAGCAGCUCCUCUCAGUACUGGGAUUCCUUCUCUGACCAGCAGGGCUAUGAGUACUGGGUAUUUCUACAGGAACAAUGUAUGCUGCUCUGUUUCACCAUAUGGGUUAUAUUUCCUAAAUAUCCGUUUUUCAAAGCCACUGAUUCUUA